UGUGCCUCCGUAUAACUGAACUACGAUUUAUGAUAAUACAUCGAAGGUUCAGUAUAUUAUACUUGCUUGUGUCACUACCGUGGUUCCCGAGAUUUACUCAUUGGGUGUGCUAUACCAACCUUUCUGGCCUGUUAUUCGUCGACCCUCCCGUCUAACUGCGCCGAUCUGCAGGGCACUUGCACAGCACGGCAUCUAACCGUUUGUUGAUAAUCUGGGUGCCGUUCUUGGAGGCGCGAUCUACGGAAGCUUACAUGCGAAGAGCGUAUAUCUGUAUCAGCAGGACUGCAGUUCUUGUCGGCUGUUCUACGUGACAUAUGACUGUUCGUAUCAGCGAGACGCCGAUUUUCACCCGAAUAGACCACUAGAGCCACCGCGACAAUGGCCUCGACAAAUACCAAGGAACGUGGGAUCCGCAUUGCGAUUGAUCGGGGCGGUACAUUCACCGACUGCGUUGGCACACUCAAUGGCCAAGACAUUGUCAUCAAACUGCUCUCUGAGGAUCCCGCAAAUUACGACGAUGCGCCUCUCGAGGGUAUCCGUCGCAUCAUGAGCCAUUUCCUUGACCGCGAGAUACCCCGUGGCGAGCCCCUCGACACUUCCAAGAUCGAUAGCAUACGCAUGGGAACCACAGUCGCCACGAAUGCCCUGCUAGAGCGGAAGGGUGAGAGGAUAGCCCUCGUCGUUACUAAGGGCUUCAAGGACUGUCUCUCUAUCGGCAACCAGAGCCGGCCGAAAAUCUUCGAUUUGGCCAUACGAAAACCCGAUGUGCUCUACGAACAAGUCGUGGAGGUCGACGAAAGAGUAACGCUAGAGGAUUACGCGGAAGACCCCGAGAGGCGCCAGGCCAAGGCACAUGUCAAAGUUGGUGAACAGGGGUCGGAAAAGGAGGAUCUUGUCAUCGGCUUGUCUGGAGAAGCGGUCCGAGUGCUGCGGCGACCCGAGGGCCAUGGCAUCAGGAAACAACUGCAAGAAAUCCACGACAAGGGAAUCAGAACCAUAGCCGUAUGUCUAAUGCAUGGGUACACCUUCCCUGACCAUGAAGCGCUUGUCGGCAAGAUAGCCAAGGAAGUUGGAUUUACGCAUAUAUCGCUGAGUCAUGAGCUCAUGCCUAUGAUCAAGCUCGUGUCGAGAGCAACCAGCGUCUGUGCGGAUGCUUACUUGACCCCGGCCAUCAAAAAGUACAUAUCUGGGUUCCAAAAGGGUUUCGAGGGCGGCUUGGGAACCCGGAGUGUUUUGGAUCAACAAGGCAACAAGGGAGCACGUUGCGAGUUCAUGCAAAGUGACGGCGGUCUAGUCGACGUUGAAAAAUUCACAGGCUUGAAAGCCAUCUUGUCCGGCCCAGCUGGUGGUGUCGUCGGUUAUGCGAUAACGAGUUACGACGAGAAGACCAAAACUCCAGUUAUUGGUUUCGACAUGGGCGGCACAUCAACCGACGUGUCUAGAUAUGGCGAAGGACGGUACGAGCAUGUCUUUGAAACGACCACCGCUGGAGUGACGAUACAAUCUCCUCAACUAGAUAUCAACACUGUUGCAGCAGGUGGAGGUAGUAGGUUAUUCUUCAAGAACGGUCUUUUUGUUGUUGGACCCGAGUCAGCUGGCGCGCACCCUGGUCCAGCUUGUUAUCGAAAAGGAGGCCCGGCAACCGUCACAGAUGCGAACCUGUUCUUGGGACGCCUUCUACCUGAAUUUUUCCCAAAGAUCUUCGGAAAGAACGAAGACGAAGGUCUGGACCCUGAUGCAAGUAAGAAGGUCAUUCAAGAACUUGCCGAUCAGAUCAACAACGAGACUGGAAAGAACAUGAGUUUAGAUGAAGUGGCAUAUGGCUUUUUGACUGUUGCUAAUGAGUCCAUGACGAGACCCAUCAGGUCAAUCACCGAGGCAAAGGGCCAUGAUUCUUCGAAACACAGGCUUGCGACGUUUGGUGGCGCAGGCGGCCAACAUGCUGUUGCUAUUGCAGAGGCACUGGGCGUUCAGCAAAUCCUGGUCCAUAGAUACUCAUCAGUCUUGUCCGCCUACGGUAUGGCACUAGCUGAUGUCGUCGACGAGCGCCAGGAACCCGAUUCAAAGGUGUGGGAAAAUCAAGGCGAAGCGGUAAACGAGCUCAAAUCUAAGAUGGCAAAACUCAAGGAUAAGUCUCUGCAAGCCCUGAAAGACCAAGGGUUUAGUGACGAGGAUAUAGUGUUUGAAGAGUACCUGAAUAUGCGAUAUCGAGGUACCGAGUCUGCACUCAUGAUAGUCAAGCCGAGCAAAGGCGAUGAUAUUGAAGAAUGGGACUUCGGCAAGGCGUUUGUAAAACACCACCGUUACGAAUUCGGUUUCACCCUGGACGAAAGAGAUAUCAUUGUGGACGACGUUCGAGUCCGCGGUAUCGGCAAAAGCUUCAGAUACCAGGACAAAACCGUCGAUGAGCAACUUAAGGAAGUCAAGCGACAGGAUAUUGGCGACAAGAAUUCUUUCACUAAAUCGCAAGUUUACUUCGACGGCGGGAGACUCGAGACUCCCAUCUACAAGUUGAAGGAUCUGGAUGUGGGCGAUGAGGUUCAGGGACCUGCAAUGCUUGCAGACGGAACACAAACAAUCGUCGUCACGCCCAAAGCAAAGGCAACUAUCCUCAGGACGCACGUUGUCAUCGACCUUGUCAAAGAUGCUAAGGAUUUGCAAAAGGACGAUGCUUCAAAACGGGACGUUGAUCCUAUUUUGCUUAGCAUAUUUGGACACAGAUUUAUGGCUAUUGCCGAGCAAAUGGGUCGAGCAUUGCAGAAGACCAGUGUGAGCACGAACGUCAAGGAGCGCCUUGACUUUUCCUGCGCCAUCUUCGAUGCAAGUGGUGGCCUGGUUGCCAAUGCGCCACAUCUUCCUGUGCACCUGGGCUCGAUGUCGACCUGUGUGCGCACUCAAGCUAAAAUAUGGGAAGGAAAACUGAAGAAGGGUGACGUAAUCAUCUCAAACCACCCAUCAUACGGUGGCACUCACUUGCCCGAUAUAACCUUACUUAUGCCUGCAUUCAACGAGAAGGGAGACAAGAUUCUGUUUUACGCUGCAUCAAGAGCCCAUCAUGCUGAUAUUGGUGGCAUAACCGCCGGCAGCAUGCCGCCUCAUUCCAGAGAAUUGUUCCAGGAAGGUGCAGCUAUCAAGAGCGAGAAGAUUGUCAGUGAGGGCAAGUUCAAUGAAGAGCGAAUCACAGAGCUUCUCUACAAGGAGCCUGCCAAAUAUCCAGGCUGCAGCGGUACGAGGUGCUUGGCUGACAACAUCAACGAUCUGCGAGCGCAGGUAUCUGCCAACCAAAAGGGCAUCUCGCUCAUCGAAAGUCUCAUUGACGAGUAUGGUGAGGAGACCGUACAGUUCUACAUGGUCAAUAUUCAAAACAACGCCGAGAACUGUGUCCGAGAGCUGUUGAAGAAAGUCUCCAAGAAGUUUGAAGGAAAGGACCUUUCAGCAGUAGAUUUCAUGGAUGAUGGGAGUCCUAUUCGUCUACGUGUCACUAUUGAUGCUGAAAAGGGCGAAGCUGUGUUUGAUUUCGAAGGUACAGGCCCCGAAGUCUACGCCAACAUCAACGCGCCCGAAGCAGUUUCUUACAGUGCCAUCAUCUACUGUCUACGUUGUCUCAUCUCCGAAGACAUUCCCCUAAAUCAGGGCUGUCUAAAGCCUAUCACCGUCAAGAUCCCACCAAAAUCUCUGCUCUCACCUUCCACUGGUGCUGCAGUCGUUGGUGGAAAUGUGCUCACAAGCCAGCGUGUUACAGAUGUCAUUUUCAAGGCUUUCGAGGCUUGUGCUGCUUCUCAAGGUGACUGUAACAACCUCACCUUUGGGUUCGGUGGAAAUGUCACCGGCGAGAAGGAGGUCAGAGGAUUUGGGUAUUAUGAAACAAUUGCCGGUGGUUCAGGUGCUGGUCCUGAUUGGGAUGGUACCAGCGGUGUACACACUCACAUGACCAAUACGCGCAUUACGGACUCGGAAGUGUUUGAGAGACGGUACCCAGUCAUCCUACGAGAGUUCUCUCUCCGCAAAGGCUCGGGAGGUAAGGGCCAGCAUGACGGAGGAGAUGGUGUGAUCCGUGACAUCGAGUUCCGAAUCCCUGUCCAAGUCUCUAUCCUGAGUGAGCGGAGAGUUUACAGACCAUAUGGUCUCGCAGGCGGCGAAGACGCCGAGUGUGGUCUCAAUAUUUGGGUCAGACGUGUGGCCAAGAGUAACCCGGAGAAGGACCUGACAGCGCGUCAUGGGCAUGCCAAUGUCGAUGAUGACGAAGUUGAGUAUGAGGAGAGAUACAUCAACAUGGGUGCGAAGAACUCUGCACCAUUCAAUGCAGGUGAUAGGAUCAUCAUCAAUACACCUGGUGGUGGUGGCUGGGGUAAGGUCGGCGAGAAGAAGGCCCACAGACAACAAAAGGACCCUACCGAAGCGUGGAAACAGGGUAGUCAUGGAAGCCGGGAAUCUACUGCGCUACAAGUGUAACAUGAGAGAAUGAACAUUCCUGUAUCAAUUGGGAAAUCCUGGGUCUGUUAGAUGAACAUGGGUUCUUCAGAAUACUUCAAACUACAUACGGAAUACAUUCCACAUUCCACCAAAUAAGGUACUAUUGUCGUUCUAGGAUACUGUCCUCUGUCACUACUCAUUACGACGCAUGUGACGUUAC